AUGCAAAAGUCAUACCAAGCAGCAUUUUAUCACUAUAUCAAGACAGCCGAUAAUAAUGAAGAACAACAACACCAAUUUUGUCCGAAAACAGAAGAUACUUGGUGUGCAUAUCAUAAAAAUAAGUUAACACCAACCCGCAACGAUGAUAAACCACAAAAGAAGAAAAAUUGGAAAUUUCUCGAUCCAAUUUUUCGUCAUGUUUUACAGCCAAUGAUUGAUACACUUACAUCAAAAGAAUUGUUGAGACGUUGUUUACGUGGAUUAACACAAAACUCAAAUGAAUCAUUAAACUCCAUUGUUUGUGGUGCUGCUCUCGCAGCACUAUUUUUCAAUAAUGGUCGAAGUUCAUUAGUGGACUUUUGCAAACAAUCUGGUAUUGAUGUUAAUGUGACACUACUCGAAUAUCUAAUAGCCAAAGAUGAAAAACGUUUACUAAGAGCGCAAAAAAUGUCUGAACAACAACAAAAACAAAUACAACGAAAGACUAUUGAUAGACAGCGUUCAAUGAAAACACAAUUAGACACCAAAGACUAUGAUGCUGGAGGUUUUAAUUUGUAA